UACUUUUUGGAGCAAAAUGCCCUUGACCUCCUCAUCGAGUUUUUAACAAAAGGCAAGGAUGCCAAUAUCUCCGUGCAACUUCUGCAAACCUUCAACAUCCUCUUUGAGAAUCUAUCCAACAAGAGGGCCCUAUAUUACCUCCUCUCCCAGAAUCAUGUUAACAAGAUCAUCCUACAGGAUUUUGACUUUGAAAACGAGGAGGUAAUUGGGUACUACAUUGCCCUGCUCAAGUCCCUCUCCUUCCGGGUGGAUGAUGAUACGAUCAACUUCUUCUACGACGAAGUACGUUUCGCUCCCCCUCUUCUUCUACUCAUCAUCUGUGUCUCUCUCUCUCUCUAG